AUGUGUGACACCAGCUGUUCCUCAGGCUGCCAGUCAGCCUGCUGUGUGCCCAGCCCCUGCCAGGCAUCUUGCUGUGUGCCUGCGAGCUGCAGGCCCACUGUGUGUGUGCCCAUGAGCUGCCAGUCCUCCAUGAGCUACAGGCCUACUGUGUGUGUGGCCCCCUCCUGCCAGUCCUCCAUGAGCUGCAGGCCUGCUGUGUGUGUGCCUGUGAGCUGUCAGUCCUCCACGAACUGCAGGCCAGCUGUGUAUGUGCCCAUGAGCUGCCAGUCCUCUGUGAGUUGCAGGCCCGCUGUGUGCGUGGCCCCCUCCUGCCAGUCCUCCAGGUGCUGCCAGACCUCCUGCCCCACCCUGGUCUGCAGACCUGUCUCCUGUGGCUUCCCUUCCUGCUGCUGA